GGUGGUGGCCAGAGGAAAGCAGAGUAAAGAAUCUGAGGAGAAGGCUGGAGGCAGCCAGAGAGAGGAGGUGGGGCCAGGAGGAGCAGCAGGCUUGCAAAGGACAGAUAAUUGUCCGCCCAGCACAGUAGGGGUCAAUUUAGUCUACUUACCCAGUGGCAAGAAGGGGAAAAAAAAAAGUGGGCUGUAACUUAAAGAUCUUAAGAGUCGCUAGAGAGGGAGGGGUUUUGGCCUGGAGGUGGGAGGAGGGAGUGUGGAGUUUAGGAGGAGACUCAGGAGGGUGCAAGGAAGUGUCUUGGCUGAGCUGGGGGUAGGACAGGGAAGGUAGAGUGAAGCUGCUGGAGAAAGAGCACAUCCUGCUGGCCCGGGCUCCCAGAGGGGCCUGGUCUGCAUGCCAGGACGGGCUCUAAGCACAGGCAGACCUCUGACUCUGAGGUUCAAGCCAAACCUUGCGGGUGCUUGCCGAGUUGGUGACACAGCUCCGGAUCUGGUGUCCCUGGGACUCCCUGCCUACCUUCACUCCAGUCACCGCUAUGGAAGAUGACAAUUACAACUACUACGACAACCAGUCUGAGUGUGACUAUGAAGACUGGACUUCGUCUGGGGCUCUCAUCCCCGCCAUCUACAUGCUGGUCUUCCUUCUAGGCACCACAGGCAAUGGCUUGGUGCUCUGGACCGUGUUUCGGAGCAGCCGGGAGAAGAGACGCUCAGCUGACAUCUUCAUUGCCAGCCUGGCAGUGGCUGACCUGACUUUUGUGGUGACUUUGCCGCUGUGGGCCACUUAUACCUACCGGGAAUUUGACUGGCCCUUUGGAACCUUCUCCUGCAAGCUCAGCAGCUACCUCAUCUUUGUCAACAUGUAUGCCAGCGUCUUCUGCCUCACUGGCCUCAGCUUUGACCGGUACCUGGCCAUUGUCAGGCCAGUGGCUAAUGCUCGACUCAGGCUGCGGGUCAGCGGAGCUGUAGCCACAGCGGUCUUGUGGGUGCUGGCUGCCCUCCUUGCCGUGCCUGUCAUGGUGUUCCGGUCCACCGGUAACUCAGAAAACAGCACCAAGGUCCAGUGCUAUAUGGACUACUCCAUGGUGGCCACCUCGAACUCAGAGUGGGCCUGGGAGGUGGGCCUUGGGGUGUCCUCUACUGCCGUAGGCUUUGUGGUGCCCUUCACAGUCAUGCUGACAUGCUACUUCUUCAUUGCCCAAACCAUCGCUAGCCACUUCCGAAAGGAGCGCAUUGAGGGCCUGCGGAAGAGGCGCCGGCUGCUCAGCAUCAUCGUGGUGCUUGUGGUGACCUUUGCCCUGUGCUGGAUGCCUUACCACCUGGUGAAGACGCUCUACAUGCUGGGCAACUUGCUGCACUGGCCCUGUGACUUCGACAGCUUCCUCAUGAACGUCUUCCCCUACUGCACCUGCAUCAGCUACGUCAACAGCUGCCUCAACCCCUUCCUCUACGCCUUCUUUGACCCUCGCUUUCGCCGAGCUUGUACCUCCAUGCUCUGCUGUGAUCAGAGCAGGUGCAAGGGCAGCCCGCACAGCAGCAGCGGGGAGAAGUCGGCCAGUUACUCUUCUGGGCACAGCCAGGGUCCCGGCCCCAACAUGGGGAAGGGAGGAGAGCAGAUGCAUGAGAAAUCUAUUCCUUAUAGCCAGGAGACCCUUGUGGACUAGAGCUGGCCCCAGAAAGAGGCCU